AUGUCUGCCACUUUCUCAUGUCACCAGGAGUUUACCUCUAUCUCAGGUCACCAGAUGUCUCCCUCUUUCUCAUGUCACCAGGAGUUUACCUCUAUCUCAGGUCACCAGGUGUCUCCCUCUUUCUCAUGUCACCAGGAGUUUACCUCUAUCUCAGGUCACCAGGUGUCUCCCUCUUUCUCAUGUCACCAGGAGUUUACCUCUAUCUCAGGUCACCAGAUGUCUGCCUCAAUCUCAGGUCACCAGAUGUCUCCCUCUUUCUCAUGUCACCAGGAGUUUACCUCUAUCUCAGGUCACCAGAUGUCUGCCUCUUUCUCAGGUCACCAGAUGUCUCCCUCUUUCUCAUGUCACCAGGAGUUUACCUCUAUCUCAGGUCACCAGAUGUCUGCCUCUUUCUCAGGUCACCAGAUGUCUCCCUCUUUCUCAUGUCACCAGGAGUUUACCUCUAUCUCAGGUCACCAGAUGUCUCCCUCUUUCUCAUGUCACCAGGAGUUUACCUCUAUCUCAGGUCACCAGGUGUCUCCCUCUUUCUCAUGUCACCAGGAGUUUACCUCUAUCUCAGGUCACCAGAUGUCUGCCUCUUUCUCAUGUCACCAGGAGUUUACCUCUUUCUCAUGUCACCAGAUGUCUGCCUCUUUCUCGUGUCACCAGGAGUUUACCUCUAUCUCAGGUCACCAGGUGUCUGCCUCUAUCUCAGGUCACCAGGUGUCUGCCUCUUUCUCAGGUCACCAGAUGUCUCCCUCUUUCUCAUGUCACCAGGAGUUUACCUCUAUCUCAGGUCACCAGGUGUCUCCCUCUUUCUCAUGUCACCAGGAGUCUACCUCUAUCUCAGGUCACCAGGUGUCUGCCUCUAUCUCAGGUCACCAGAUGUCUCCCUCUUUCUCAGGUCACCAGGAGUCUACCUCUAUCUCAGGUCACCAGGUGUCUGCCUCUAUCUCAGGUCACCAGAUGUCUCCCUCUUUCUUAGGUCACCAGGUGUCUGCCUCUAUCGCAGGUCUCUAG